CAAUAACCAGCCAACCAGUCAGUGCAUAAGCAACUGUGUGCGAGGGAGGAGGUGCCGCGCCCCACCUCUCGUAUCUCCAGUGAACUUCCUCUCCACCUCCUUCCUUCAAGCAGACACACGAAGGAAGAGGAAGAAGAAAGAAAGAAAAGAAAAGGAAAGAGGAAGGAAGAAAAUCAAGAAAGGAAGGAGAGUUAGGAAGCCACCUCGCUCUCGCACACAGUAAAGAAAGAUAAAGACAGAAAGAUAAAAGAAAAGAAAGAAAGACGAGGAGAAAGAAAGUCACUGAUAAUACCUUAGCAACUGUUUUCCCGUUUUCUUCCUUGCUCUUCAAUAACAAAAUAAAAAAUGUUAACUUAGAUCAUUAAGUAAAAUAAUAAUAAUAAUAAUAAUAAUAAUAAUAAUAAUAAUAAUAAUAAUAAUAAUAGUCGAGAAAUGCACGUUAGGCUCAAAAUAUAAUUGUUGUGAGAGGGAGUUUCGGCCUUAUCUACUAUAAGAGAAUAGGCCUCGUCACGGGGGCUGCCUAGGCCUAUAAAUAGCCUACAGGGGAUUCAAGGGAGGCCGUGGGAGGACUGCAAACUACUGUCACUACUACUACUACUACAACUAUUAUUAAUUUGUUAUCUAUCAAGUGUUACGUCUUACUACUACUACUACUACUACUACUACGACUACUAUUACUGUUCGUUAUCUAUCAAGCGUUACGUCUUACUACUACUACUACUACUACUCCUACUAUUACUACUACUGUUACCUGUCAAAAGAACAACGUAAAUAAUUCUCCUAACAGUAUAAAGCGUCGGAUUCUUCAGUAAGGGGUUCGAAGAAGGAUCGAACUCUCUUCCCGUGACUCGAGAUAGAUUCACCUCGGAAAACACCAGGCAGUAGUGGGGUAGCAUUUCUUAUUACUCUUGACACCUAUAUAAUGUUACCGUGCUCCUGGUUGAAGUCAUUUAAGAAGGUUUAGAUUGUUUACGUGCGAGUUAAGGUGUUCAAGUAUCAUAGUGAGGCCUUCCCACUGUUUACGUGUGAGUUAAGGUGUUCAAGUGUUAUAGCGAGGUCUGUGGGAAGCUGUUAUUGAGUUUGUUGCCAAGUUCAGAGAUUUAUUCCUUAUCUUUGUUGUUAUAUAGCGGGGAAAAAGAUGAAAUUAACUUUACAUUCCUGGUAGUAAAGAAUAAUAGCAAAUAACUUGUCGUUGGGGAAAUAUAUUAAUUAGUAAAGUAUAUAAAACAUCUUAGUUACUCCUUUAAAAGAUUAAUAUUAACACAGGAAAAGAAGGUAGACAGAAGGAAAAGAAAUUAGGAAAACAAUUAUUGAGGCAAACAUUAAACGAUAAGCCACAAAGGAAAAAAAGAAAGGAGAGGAACAUAAAUCAAGAAAACGAAGAUUAGUACAGAGAAAAAAUAAAUAAAUAAACGGAUACAACAAAGAAGCUCAUAAGAAAGAGAAAGAAAAGGAGAAGAACAAAUAAACAAAAAAUAUAGGCAGAACAAAAGCUAAACCGAAACGAACUGCAAGAAGAAACUAGAAGAGAGAGAGAGAGAGAGAGAGAGAGAGAGAGAGAGAGAGAGAGAGAGAGAGAGAGAGAGAGAGAGAGAGAGACCCACAAACAAGCAAGACAGAAGAACUAGAGCACAAAACAAACUAAAAAAAAAAAAAAAAAAACACACACAUAAAGAAAGGACGAAAACAAGAUCAAGAACAAGAUCACCGAGAAGCACAAGAGACACCACAGCCACAUCAUAGAAGCACACACCACAGCACAGAUGGCUUCCAAACAUGAGGACUCGAGCAGCCGUGCAACCCAAGCUGACAUCAUGGGAGCAGACCCGGGGGAGAUCCAGUCCUUGGCCCCUGGUAGCAAAGCACUGGGGGACGGGGGUGUGGAGCCUUCGAGCGACGACUCCUCAGACACAGGGGAGUCAAACUGAAGAAGGAACUUGGUCUGAUGGACGGUGUUGGUAUCAUUGUUGGCAUCAUCAUAGGUUCUGGAAUCUUCGUGUCUCCCAAGGGCGUUCUGGAGUACAGCGGCUCCGUGGGCGUGGCGCUAGUGGUUUGGGCGGUCUCCGGGUUGCUGUCCAUGGUAGGCGCCCUCUGCUACGCCGAAUUGGGCACAAUGAUCCCCAAGAGUGGCGGUGACUAUGCUUACAUUCACGAGGCGUUCGGACCCCUGCCUGCCUUCCUGUACCUGUGGGUGGCGCUGGUGAUCAUCAUGCCCACAGGUAACACGGUCAUCGCCCUCACCUUUGCCAACUACAUCCUCCAGCCAGUGUUUCAUGCCUGCGAGGAACCGCCUGACAUUCUCGUGAGGAUGAUCGCCGCUCUUGUUAUAUGCUUCCUUACAUGGGUUAAUUGCACCAACGUGAAAUGGGCCACGAAGGUUCAAGACGCGUUCACAGCCGCUAAGAUUCUCGCCCUCCUCAUCAUCAUCAUCGCGGGCAUCUACCACCUGUCUAUGGGGAACCUGGACAACUACAAGAGGGCCUUUGAUAAUACCAACUGGGACAUCGCAGCCUUCGCCACCGCUUUCUACCAGGGCCUCUUCUCCUUCGCUGGCUGGAAUUACUUAAACUUCGUAGUGGAGGAACUCAAGAACCCAUACAGAAACUUGCCUAGAGCCAUCAUGAUCUCAAUGCCUCUCGUCACCAUCAUCUAUUUCCUCGCCAACCUCGCCUACUUCGCUGUGCUGACACGCUCCGAGAUCCUGUCCUCCAAUGCCGUGGCUGUGUCCUUUGGUAAUCGGAUGCUGGGUGUGAUGCGGUGGACGAUGCCUUUCUUCGUCGCCUGCUCCACCUUUGGGAGUCUCAACGGCGGGAUCUUCGCCUCCUCACGCCUCUUCUUCGUGGGGGCACGUCAAGGCCACCUCCCUCAGAUCCUCUCGCUCAUCAACAUUAAGAACUACACGCCGGUGCCUUCCCUGAUGUUCCUGGGCCUGAUGACGCUGUUCAUGCUGAUCACAUCGGACAUGCAGGUGCUCAUCAACUACAUCUCCUUCACCGAGUCGCUCUUCAUCCUUAUGUCCAUUGCUGCCCUCCUGUGGCUGCGCUACCGGGACCCUCACCGCACCCGCCCCAUCAAGGUGUGGAUUGGCUUCCCCAUCCUGUUCUUCAUCAUCUGCCUCUUUCUGGUGGUGCUUCCCAUCAUCCAGCGGCCCAUUGAGCUCGGCGUGGCCAUCGGCAUCAUAUCCAUCGGCAUCCCUGUCUACUACUUAGGCAUCCACAAGGAACACUCGGAGAGAUUCACCAAGUUUAUGGGGAAGGCCAUGUUUGCCAGCCAGGUGCUGACAAUGGGACUGCCGGAGGAGAAGAAUGAAUGAUGCAUGCUAAGAGAGUGGACUAAACAUGAGAAGGAAAAUACACAGCAAUGUGAGAGAAGUAGAUGAGGAAGGCUCUUGAAACUGACCACUGUACAUUGGCAAGAAUAUUGAUGAGAGAAACUUACAAGCAACAGUAACAGGGAUGUGGCUGAAGGAAGCUCUGAAAAGUUACAAAAAUAGGGAAGAAAUGAAUGCAGGAAAGAAAAAAAAUCACCAGUAAUAGUAAAGAAACAUGAUAGAUAUGCCCCCAAGAGAAAUAAUGCUACAACAAGACCGUGUUGUGAAAAAAAAUAGAUGUGGAAAAAUGCUAUGAUGAAAACUCACCUUAAGGAAAUCACCAGUAUUAUUUCAUCACUGUGAUUUUAUGAAGACAUGUAUUAGGUACUUUUAGUCACAGCUUGAGAAGGGGGAUAUAAUACUAUGCACUUUCUGUCUUGUUCUGAAGUCUCCAGGUGACUUGUGUUGCUGACAGGCCCUAAGGUAAGUGUGUCAUUUCCAUUUCAUAUGUGCACUUCAUGAGAUGUGUGUAUGGUAAGACAUCCACUUGGUGCUUCAUAUCUGCCCAUGCUGCAGGUCUAGGCAAGGUAUUUUAUGACUUUAUUUUGUGAAAGGAAAGACUUACCUGGUUUUGCUGUUGAAAUGUCUAGAUAUAAUGCCUACAUUUAAUGUUUGCUUAUUGUGUGGAAAAGCAUAAUGCAGCUACAAAUUUUACUUUUUAUUAUGCCAUAUAAAAAGUGAUGAUCUUAAAAACAGCCAGAAAGGGACUGCAGACACUGAUCCUAUUGUGAUAUGCAAAACAAAGAAUGUGUUCAUGUAUAUAAAAGGCUCACUACCACUGUGUUGAGAAGCUGUUAUGCCUUCCUGAUAUGAGGAUCUUUACUGCAGGAUGACAAGUGUUAGGACGGAGAUGUUUACAUAUGCAAAAAAGAGGCUCAGUGUUAAUAUAUUGAGGAGGCUUAGUCUUCCACUCAGGGUCCAAAGUGUCCUUACAGAGGUGAAUGCCGCCCCAGCACUGGGUCUUCCACACUGCUGUGUAAAUAAUGUGGACACAGGUAAUUUUGAUAAAGUUUCCAGGUUGUUAUGUGUCUCUUCCUUAUAUGUACCCAUUGUCUGCUGGUGUGUGUAUCAUCCUCAUUCUGCCAGUGAAACAUUUCCAGACAUCACAUUUCAUUUUUGUAUUAUUUUCUACUCAGGAUGUGCAUAAUGGUGGAGGGUUUGGUGGAGUGCUGUGUCCAUUCCCUGUGGAGCAUCAUAGAAACUUUGAGAAACUGAUGUGAAAGCAGAAAACUGGCCAUGGGAGGCUGCCAGGAGGGCCUGAACACCUGGCAGGUCACAAGGAAAUGCAUGUGACACGUUACCAAUCAGACAAAAUUAUUGAGGCCUGAGUGAAUUUUGGCUCUACUUGACUCCUGUGCCAAUACAGUAGUUGCUAGCAGAGUGAGCAGUAUUCACUCUCAGGAGAGGAAACUAUAAUGCUUCAGAUUCCAGAAGAAGGAUUGAAUUGUUUUUUAAUGCCUUCACACUCUACAGUGAUGCUUGAGUCUUGACUUUCCAGAGGGAAGAGCAACAUGACACCAGCCAGUCCCUCUCCACUGACCAGCUCAUCUCAUGUUUGUUUGUUGUUAAGAAAUACUGAUGGAGAAUUUAUUUAAGUGAAUUGCUUGUGUAUACUUAUUGUUGUUUCUUAUCACAUAUGUCAAUUCUCAGUACUGUAUUGUAUAUUGUGGAUCUGAUUGUUGUUGUAGCAAAACCUGCAGCUUGAUGAAUUACCAUCAGGUGACUAAGCAAGCAUGGUACAUACUUGCCUUUCAAAGUCAUUGUUCCAUUAUUGUAUUUUGUCUAUUUUCUCAAUUCAGCUGUGGCUUUUCACUUUUAUUCGUAUUUCUUUUCGGAUCACAUUCUUGUCCAUUGUUUUCCACAUCUAUUUAUCUUUUCUUUUUGAGUAUGUCAUCAUUUCUGUAUGAUUAUCCCUCAUGAUAUCCCUAUAUUCACAAGCAAGAACUAUUAACUGAACUGCUAAUUUACAAAAGAACCUGAGCAGUUAUAUGAAGGAAAAGACACUGAGAGUAAUACAGGAAUAUAAAUUAUAUAUACUGAACCUUGAUGUUGAACCUGUGGUGUUUAUUGUUUGCUGUUUGAAAACUGUGACAGUCUGGUUUGUGUAUACUGAAUCAUAGGUCAAUGUAAUUUGUGGUGUACAGCAGACACUUGACACAUCAAGGCACUCUAGUUUGCUAUGACAGUCAGAUGAAGUCCUGAAAAUCCCAAGAUACCAGAGUUUUGCUGUAUAAUGUGUCAUACGUUGGUCUUGUGUGGUCAUUUUCCCUUCUCAUGUCUUGGUACUCCCUCCUUGUUACUUUGUGAUCAUCAUUCAGUCAUCAUGUCUCUCUCAUGACUUCUUUUUAGCAGUGUUUCCUUGUUACUGAAUUUGAUAAGUUUGUUAAUGUUAAUCCUGCUUGUGGUGAUGGAAAACAUAUUUUUUUCGCUAUUUUCCUUGGGUGAUGGUUUUUGAUUUAUUGAUUUUUGUUGGGGAUUUACAUGCUCACGUGUUAUACUGGUUAUAAACGUACAUAUUUUUUCUAAGCUUUGCUAUGUGUAUAUGGCUCAUACCCUGAAUAGGUAGGGCUUUUACACAAAACUGUGAUACAUUUAUGGUGUCUUUGCACCUGUCUGCCUUGCCUCAGCUAGUUUUUCAUUGCAUUAAUGUACAGAGUACAGAUAGCACUGAGGCUGGUGCUCUGCACUUCUGGACACUAAGUGAUGAGUAAUCAAUGUCUUGUUUCUUGUUGUUGGCAUUUUUAGAAUUUUUAUACCUGUUACGUCAGACAGCUUAAAGACAAAGCAGAAAACACAUGGCAGCCCAGGAAGCCUGUUCAGUGUUUGGCUCUGGUGAUUUCUGGCUCAUUGACAUGACAGUCACCUUUUUAUACAUUCAUCUUGUUUGUAUAUACAGUGUAAAUAUUGAUCCUUGGCCCUGGUGUAGUGACAGGCCUCCAUCUCUGUAGAUGCCACACUGGGUGACUGUCUAAGGCACUCACGUGCAAGUGUGUGUGAGCAACAGACAUCACACAGGAAUGGUUCCUUAAUUUUUGUACAUGCAUAUGUGUAUAACCUUUUAAAAAUCUCUUGCUAGAAUUUCAGUUUCAUUCUGUUACUAAUGGGAGAAGGUAAAUUUAAAAUAUUUUAAACUUUUGUUUCUGUUCAAAUACUAAUUGACAAUAACUAGUUGAGUUAGGACUUAAUUUAUAUACAUGUAUUCCAAGUAUAUGAUUUACCUACUCACUGCAACUGAAGUUCUGAAUUGAUGGCACUGUCUUGUGGCAAUCACGCCUCCUGAGGUGGCAAAGGUCAGGCUGAGGAGGCUGACUUGUACUGUAUUGAGUGGUAUUAGGUGCCAGGGUGUUACAUGUGCUAGUUGACAGAGGGCAGGAGAGGACCAGUGUGUGUGUGUGUGUGUGUGUGUGUAUGUGUGUGCAUUUUUUCAAUACAUAGGAAAUGAUUACAUGACAUAGUUCUUAAUCAUCCAAAUGUAACCGUGGGUGACAGGAUGAGCCAGGGCGCAGUAAGGGAUCCACACUGCUGUGGCAGGGAUGGAUGAGUUUGGCCAAAUUUCAUAAACAUUGUGUGUGAGAAUGUGUUGGGAAUGAUUCAAGAAAUCUAAUUGUGUAUUAUUUCAUUCUGUGCAUUUGUUGGAACACUAAUACAUUUUGUUAAAAUUUUGCCAUUUAAAAAAUGGGUUUGAGGUAAAUGUGUGGGUUGUCUGUUGGAGUACAUGACUCUCUUCUUUACUUCCAUCUCCUUCUCUCCCUUUCUGGUGCAUCAUUCACUAAGUUCUCAGUGUCUUAAGUAUCAAGGAUAAGAUUAAGUAUUUUUAUAAGUUUCUUUAAAAUAUGUAAAAUGGUUAUAUACGGAAAUUAAUAAAGAAAUGAAAACGUA